AUGCGCUUCUUCACCUCCUUCGCCGUCGCCGCUCUGGCCGCCAUCGCCUCGGCCGACAGCAAAGCCAACCCUUUCAAGAUCCCCAUUGAAGGCUACACCUUCAAAGUUGGUGAGCCCACCACCUUGUCCUGGCAGCCUACCACCAGCGGCACUGUCAGUCUGUACUUGAAGUGGGGUGCAGUGACCACUGCAGCCUCGGGUACUGCCAUCGCCACGGGCAUCACCAACGACGGUAGCUUCACGUGGGAAGUGCCUUCCAGCCUGGCUGCUCAGCCCGACUACACCAUUGAGAUUGUUUCGGACACCGACGCCAACGACUACAACUUCAUCGGCCGCUUCACUGUUGAGGGUUCUACUGUCUCUGUCUCUUCCUCCAGCUCCAGCUCGACCUCUGCAUCCUCCACUUCCACUGAGUCUUCCACCUCGGUCUCGGCCACCCAGACCACGGAGUCGAGCUCCUCGAUCAGUGCCAGCACCACCAGCACCAGCACCAGCACCCCCACGACCCUGACCACUGCCACCACUGCUUCCAGCACUCCUUCCAGCAGCUCCGCUACCAAGACCUCUACCACCGAGACCUCCAGCACUGCCAUUUCCACCUCCGCCAGUGCUAGCUCCAGCGCUACCCCCUCGGAGACCCCGAACGCGGUGCCCACCACCAACGCCGGUAUCGCAACCCGGGUCUCUGGUGGCAUGUUGGCCCUGGUUGCCGGUGCUUUCAUGCUGUAA